AUGGGCCAGUGUGUCACCAAGUGCCAGAAUCCCUCAUCAAACCUGGGAAGCAAGAAUGGACACUGUGACCCUAGCAGCCAGUCACACGGCAGGCGGGGUGCAGGCCGCCAUGAGGAGCUGCAGCCACCCUGUGGCAAGCCAGGUGGAGAUAUGCUCAAGAAGGCGGAAGCUACCACUGAAGCCUGCCAGGUGCCAACAUGCUGGGGAGAUGCUGGGAGGAAGUCGAAGUCCAAUGCUGAGGAAUCUUCCUCGCAUAGACUAGAAGGACUGUUUGGGCGCUACAAGGAUGAGCGGGAGGAUGCAAUUUUGGAGGAAGGCAUGGAUCGCUUUUGCCGUGACCUGGGUGUCGACCCCACAGAAUUUCGAAUGCUGCUCUUGGCUUGGAAGUUCCAGGCUGCAACCAUGUGCAAAUUCACCAGGAAGGAGUUUUUUGAUGGCUGUGAAGGAAUAAGUGCAGACAGCAUUGACGGAAUCUGUGCACGGUUCCCUAGCCUCUUAACAGAAGCCAAACAAGAGGAUAAAUUCAAGGAUCUCUACCGCUUUACAUUUCAGUUUGGCCUGGAUUCUGAAGCAAGGCAGCGGUCACUGCAUCUGGAAAUAGCCAUUGCUCUGUGGAAGCUAGUUUUUACCCAGAACACUCCUCCGGUUUUGGACCAAUGGCUAAACUUCCUAACGGAGAACUCCUCGGAGAUCGUGAGCAUUUCCCAGGACACUUGGAACAUGUUCCUUAACUUUACUAAGGUGAUUGAGCCUGACCUCAGCAACUACAAUGAGGAUGAGGCCUGGCCAAGUCUCUUCGACAGCUUUGUGGAGUGGGAAAUGGAGCGCAGGAAAAGUGAAGCGGAAAGGAGAGGUGCACCCAGCUCAGGGCCCGAGAGUGCGUCUUCCGAGGAGCAGAUUUAG